CUCAGCGCACGUGCUGGCUGGGGAUGUCUCGGUUGUUAUUUGAUGGGGAGUCCUCCGACUCGGAAGUGGGCUUCGGACUAGGGAAUGAGUACGCUAAAAAAUAUGAUACAUGGAGGGAAAAAGAAGAGUAUCAAAAAUUACAAGCCAAAUAUGGCAAGGACAUGGCCCUGGACAAUGGCAAAGAAGGGAAUGAAUCUUCAUCAUCUUCUGAAGAUGAAGAUGCUGAGGAGAUCACACCACAAGUGGAGAAGCAGUUCUUUGAAACACUUUCGAAGUUGAAAGGAAAUGAUCCUGAUAUUUAUGACCCUGAUAAGAGGUUCUUCAAGGAGAAUAGUGAACAGGGACAAACUGCAAGCAGCAAAAAGAAGACAAAGCACAAACCCAUGUUUUUGAGAGAUUAUGAGAGGGAAAUGUUCCUGAAGACUGGAGGAGUGCAGCAUGAUCAAGGUGAACCGCACUCGUCCGGCGUCUCGGCAGAAAAGUCGUACAUAGAGGAGCAAGAGGACAUCAAGGCUGGCUUUCGGUCGCUGCUUGAAGAUUCGGACGAUGAAAACGCGACUGGCUUUGCUGGAAGCCUUCUGCAGAAAAGGCAAAAACCUGCUGCCGAAAAGGAAGAAGACGAUGAACAGUACAAAGUGUGGCUGAAAGGGCAGAAAGACUCGGUGAACGAUAGAAAUAUUGAGCGUGGCCUCAAAGGUCUGAAAAAGGCGUGGUCAAAUCCAAAGAUUGACACGGAUGAAGCGUUUCUUCGUGACUACAUCCUCAGUAAGCGGUACCUGGAGGAGGGCGACGACUCGUAUGUGCCCAGUUACGAGGAGGUGGUGCAUGACUCGGAUGGGGACCUUUCUGAAGACGAGCGCACCCUUGGACAGCAAGAGCAGUUCGAGCACAAGUUCAACUUCAGGUUUGAAGAGCCCGAUCAGGAGUUUGUCAAGCGAUAUCCUCGCACUAUAAAAAACUCCCUGAGGAAGAAGGACGAGCGACGCAAACAUGGCCGCGAAGAAAAGAAGCUGAAGAAAGAGGAAGACAAGAAGAGGAAAGAGGAAGAACUCAAGCGUUUAAAAACGCUGAAGAGGAAGGAAAUUUUAGAAAAGCUGGAAACACUUAAAGAGGUUGUCGGGAAUGCUGAGCUGCCUUUCGAGGCAAACGACCUGGAUACCGACUUUGAUCCUGAUAGCCAUGACAAAAAGAUGCAAGCGAUGUUUGGGGAGGAUUACUACUACGGCGCAGAAAACGACGAGGAAAAGCCAGUCUUUGACGACGACGAGGACUGGGACAACUGGGAUCCGGCCACCGAGGACGCUGGAGAGCCGGCCGCUCCUACCCACCAAGAUACAGCCGCGCCUGCCUGCGAGCAGCCCGGCUUUGUGAUGGACUGUGAGUACGACGGUCGGGCUGCCACGCAGCGCCAGCUGCUGGAGGCGACGGGACGCGGCCGGAAGAAGCGGCGCGGCAAGCUGGCUGAGAUGCUGCGCCGCCCCAAGCCGCGCUUCCAACCGGGAGGCGACCAGGCGCUGGCCGAGUACAUUGACCAGUACUACCGGCUGGAUGAGGCGCUCAACCCGCAUCCGUUCCAAUACCGCCAGGUUACGGCCAAUGACUUCGGCCUGGACGCCACUGAGAUUCUGAUGGCGGACGAGAAAGACCUGAACCGGUGGGUAUCAGUGAAGAGGAUGUCCCAGUACCGACGUGAUGAGGAGGAACUGCUAGACGUCAAGAAGUACAAAGCGAAGGCCUCGAAUCUCGCUUACAAGCAAAAGAUACUGCAGAGUCUGUUCAGAAAGGAUGGCGAACCUGAAGAAGACCCGGAAACAUAUGAGCCGCAAAAGAAAAAGAAGAAAAAGCGAAAGAAGAAGGAGAAGGAGAUGGCAGAUGAAUCAAACCAACACGAGCGACUGGAGCUGCAUAGAGUGGCUACGGCCGCCGACGGUUCCACUGCAUCUGAUGACAGAUGUGCGGAAGAUCCCGGUCAGCAACCGGAUGCGCAGGAAUCACGAAAGCGGAAAAAGAAGAGUAGAAAGAAGGAAAAGGAUGAAGAAGCUGCCUCCCAGCAGGAAAUAUUGCCGGGCCUUUCAACAGGGAAUGGAAACGACGUGGGAGAGAACACAGAUGUUGCAAGGAAAAGGUCGAAGAAACGCGAAAGGAGAUCUUCGGAGGCCUUAGUGUUAGCCGGUAGUACCGAGGAGCUCGACGAAGAGCAAGCGCCAAAGAAGAAAAAGAGAUCGCAUAAGCACGCGUGUGAGGAUACACCUAGUCUCCCUGCGGCUGCCUCUGAGAAUGGCUCACACGCAAGUCCGGCGCGUAAACGAAAACGUAAGAAAGGUGACGGUUGUGCUGGUGACGGAGUAGCACCAGAAGCCGUGUCUGAUGAACCGGAACUCAGGCAACGUGGCGAGAAGCCCUUGAAAAAGAAGCAUGGUGCUGUGGGGGCGCCCGCAGAAGGGGUCGACAGGACAAAGCACAAGCUGGGCGGACAGCGGAAAUGGAAACAGCGACCGAAGGAGGGCACUCAGGCUGCCAUGGUACUGUCGAUGUCGGACGCCAGGCUCGAGGCGUUCGGCCUCAACCCCAAGAAGAUCCGGGGCAAGGUGCUGUACGGCGCCAGCGCGUCGUAGCGCCGGUGAUGCGUGCGUCGAUGGCAGUGGUGGUCCCUGAUUACGGUACGUGUUGUAUCGUUAUGCGACCGUUUUGUUUGCGACUGUGCGGAUGGCAUCGCGGCAUUGGGGAUAUUUGAUGACGAUGAUGAUGAUGGUCGAUGUAUUGAUGGAUGAUGGUUGAUGGUGCUACCGUGAGUGAUGAUGUAUUGACUUGCGACCGGGGUAAAUAAAGUGUUCCCAUCAUGAUGGU